CCGGGCCCGGGGAACGCCAAGACGGGCAGAGCUGGCGAGCGAUGCGCGGGCGAGGGAGGGAACAAAGGGGGAGUUGGAGCCAGGACUCCUGGGUUCCUCUAGGGAGGGGAUCUUGGAGGCUGGAGCAGCGCUCUCUGGGGUGGGCUCCCUUUUGCAGAUCAGGGAGGUUAGGAGCACCAGGACCCCUGGGUCAUCUUGGGAAGGAGGUUGGAGGAGUCCCGACUCCGUUAGUUUUUGCAUUUGAGGUAGGACUCCAGGGGGAAUCUUAGAGGCGAGGGUUGGGACGGAUCCGCCGUGGAAGGGGGGUUCCGAGGAUGGAGGCAGAACUCCCGGGUUCUCUUAGGAACCGGAACCAUGCCGAAGGGGGGGGAUCGGUUAGUUCUCGGAGAUUAGGACCAGGACUCCUGGGUUUUCUUAGGAAGGGAAGUUGGAGCCAGGACUCCUAGGUGCCUUUUUAGGGCAAGGGCGGGGAACCUGCGGCCCUCCAGCCGUGGUUGGGCUCAAACUCCCAUCAGCCCCAUCCAGCGUGGCCAACGGUCAAGGAUGAUGGGAGUUGCAGCCCAAACAUCUGGAAGGCCACAGAUUACCCCCCCUUGCCUGCCUUGGGGAGAUAAAAGUUGCAGAUUAGAAGGAACGCUCUCCUAGAAAGGAAUAGAUUUGAUUGUUUUAGAAUUAGGGCUGGGAGCCAGGGUGCCUGAGUUCUUUGGAGGAAAAUGUAAGUGGGAAACUCAUGUGCUGUGGGUAGGACCUCUUGGUCCUUGAAAGAGAGAGAGAGGGGAAAAAAACUUUCCUGGGACUCCUGACAGAGUUAUGAGUAUAAAGGCUCAAGCUAAAUGAGUCUGGACAUGUGCUGGACAGCAGCCAUAAAAUGGGCUGCCCACAAAGAAAGGAGAGGGGGUGCUAGUCAAGCAGCAUAGCUCCGUUGCAACAUUUUGGGGAAGGGUGGUGGUGGUGGGAUUUUCUCCAUCAUCGCCUCGAAUGAUAGAAUUCUGCCUGGGUGUCAGAGGGUGCUGAUCUAUUGGUGCUCAACUCCAAAUGACUGCCGUGGAGGAGUCCUCUUGCUUCAUCAUCACUUUGCUGGCUGUAAGAUACGUUUGUGGGCUGUCUGUCUUCUCCUGUUGGGCCAUUUCACCCCUGUCUAGUUCCGGGAGACUGUACCCUGCCUCAGCAGCCUUUUUUGACUGGUCCUAGUUGGCACAGGCCAGGUGAUUUCCACCUUUUGUUGAGAGGAAGUUUCCCUCUCAGGGAAAAGAAAAAAUGGCUGCCACGCAGGAAGUGCCUCCGCCGGCAUUGGGACUCCAUUUUUUGUACCCAUUAGAAGACACGUUGCCACCGAGGGUGAAAAUGGAGGACCCUGGGCCACCGUGCCCUGAAGCGGGGUGGGAAUGGGAUGCUGCAGCGAAAGCCCCCCUCGUCGUCCAGGCAGGUACCAUUAGCGAUUUGUUGAGGUGGGCAACUCCUCCGCAGGUGAGGAGUGACCCAAUCCCGCAGCUGUGGGAGGUUCAAUGCCAGGAGAUGGUGCAAACACUCCGGACACCUACCGAAGUUGUGCCAACCCCCGUGCCAGUCCCACCCCCACCUCCUGCCUGGGGGAACCUGCAGCUGCCUGAGCUGGCACCUGUGGAUGACAUUGAGGCCUAUUUGUCAUCCUUUGAACGAGCGGCGGAAACCUGCCAGUGGCCGAGAGGGGAGUGGGUGACCCGUCUCAUGCCGGCCCUCAGCGGGAAAGGGCAGCCGGCCCACAAUGGCCUGGAUGCCAGGAGCAGCAGGGGUGACCACAGGAAAUCCAAAUCCUCGAGCCUGCGAGGGGAGACUGGCGCCAGCGUGGAGAUGCAGCGCCAGCGUUUCCGGCAGUUCCGUUACCAGGACUCGGAAGGCCCGCGGGAGGCUUGCAGGAGGCUUCGGGAGCUUUGCCGUCGCUGGCUCAAGCCUGAGAGCCGCACUAAGGAGCAAAUCCUGGAGCUGCUGAUCCUCGAGCAGUUCCUGACCAUCUUGCCGCAGGAAAUCCAGAGCUGGGUGUGGGAACGAGGCCCAGAGACGUGUGCCCAGGCAGUGGCCUUGGUGGAAGGUUACCAUAUGGGACGCCGAGAGGCAGGGAUGUGGGAACAGCAGGUUACAGUGCGGGUUAAAGUCGAGCAGGUAAGCCCACAAGAGAUGGUUUUGCCCGGUGCGCCAUGGGAACCUCCUGCCCCACUGCUGCCCCAUCCUGAGUGUGUAUCCUCAGCUGAAGGAAUAUUAAACCAGCCUCCCCCAGUCCCUGCUCUCAAGAUGCCCUGCAUCCCCAAACAGGAGCCCCGAGGUCUUCAGGAAACAGCAGGUGCCCUGAUGGUAAACGGGAGCCGAGAGGAGAACCCCCUGCAGGGAGGUCCCAUGGAAGUGGAGCCUCACGGGGCAUUUCCAUCCGGGAAUUCCCAGGAGAAUGCGUCAGCUGAAAAUGGUGCCGAGCGGGUAAGCCAGCAACGUGAAGGGAGGUGCAGUGGGACGGGAGAGAGUCCGGCCGCACGCCCCAGUCCCAUCGGAGCCCCCCACCCGGCAGGAAAACCCCUCCACCGGUGUUUGGAAUGCGGGAAAACGUUUAGCCGUAACUCACACCUGCUCACCCACCAGAGGAUCCACACAGGGGAAAAACCCCACCAGUGCCCCCAGUGCGGCAAGCGUUUCGGUCAUACCUCUCAGCUGACUCGGCAUCAGAGGACCCAUGCCUCGGAGAGACCCUUCCGGUGUGCUCAGUGCAGCCGGAGUUUUUACCAGAGCUCGGAGCUGACCAGACAUCGGGCGUCCCACGCAAGAGACCGCCCAUACGGGUGCAGCCAGUGUGGGAAGAAAUUCCGCUGGAGUUCCGAUCUCAUCCGACACCAGAUCACCCACACAGGCGAGAGACCGUAUAAAUGCCCCGAGUGUGGAAAGAAGUUUGGGCAGAACUCACACCUGGUUCGGCAUCGAAGAACCCACACGACUUAGCAGAGAUCUUCCCGUGAUGGAAGGAAACCUACAUUGCCCAGCACCGAGAGUUCGCCAAGGGCCUAAAGGUGGACUGUGCUCACCACUUCCAAGCUUGGUGCCGUAGUGGGCCAGAUGUCUGAUGUCCUUUCAGCUCAACAUCUGCAGAUCAUAUAUGUCAGGGGUGGCUUAGUUAGAACGGAUUCGAUUUACGUGCAAAGCAGGAUGGAGGCGUGGCCAGUUCCAGAUCCCAUUUUUGUGUUCCACCUGAAGGUCCACAGCACAGCCAGACUGAGCAGUCUAAGAAGAUGCCAGGUCUUGCUUGAGCUGGCUUCUUGAACAACACUGAACCGAUAACAUUGUUGUGGCACCAAAUGGAUGUCUCUCUUUCUCUCUCUCAAUUUCUCUCUCUCUUUUUUUUAUAGAAAAAGUGAUAGAUCUUCUAGUCAUCUAGACAGGUUUAUUGUUACAUAACACAGCCUGUAUUCCGUAUGCCGAGACCAUAUCUUUGUAGCAAAACAAAAGCAAUGUGUUUUUAGAGAAGAUGACCAGUCUUGGUGAAGAUCCCUCUUGGGGAAGCUGCUUUGGUGCUUUUUUUUUUUUUUUUUAAUUACAGCUUUGAUAUAUGGGAGAGUUGUCAACAUAGGGCUUCACUUAUGCACAAAGUGGAAGAAAGGUGAUACGAGGUGGUGUGGUGGUGCCACUGAGAAUCUGGAUGUUUUGGGACAAUUGAUAUUCAGCCCUGCUACACGAUCAUGCUAGGGAUUGGCCACUAGCUUGCAAAGGUCUUGAUCGAGCCCUGCAAGUGUUCCAUCUGGUCCUCAGCAUUGCCACUGAACCCAGGAACUCCUUCCCUUGCUGUUUGUGCACCUUGGGCUCUUUCUCCCCAUGUAGCGAAGGGCUCUUUUACUUACACGCAAUGGCCAUAGAGGAUUUUUCUGAGUUCUUUCCUUAUGCACCUCGGCUGUUAGUUCCCCUGUGCAAGCCAAGGCACAUACAAAAUGGGGGUGAGCAGCUGAAGUGCGUAAGGGAAGAUCACUGCCAGUGCAUCUCUUUGCUGUUCACAUUGGGGGAGAAGGGGUUAAAGAGCCCUUUGCUGAUGGGGAUGAGUCACUGGGCCAACGCCAGUGCUACCCGCCCUUCAGGCCUUGCUCAUCAUCGCCCUGUUGAAAAGUAAGUGCUGGUGAUGGAUCCAUGACUAUGAAGAGUCACAAUGUGUUAAGAGGAGAAAAGGGGAAACUCCCAGAGAUCUCUGCUUACAAGCAUUUGAGUUGUUGCCAUCUUCUGAGAGUUGCGAGGCCCACUCAAAAAAACACACACCACAAUACGCAUUCAUGAUCCUAGUCAGGAGGACAGACAAAAGGAAGUACUUCUUCACACAGCACAUAGUUAAAAUAGGGAAUUUGCUCCCACAAGAGGCAGGGAUAGCAACUCCAGCAAGAGCCUUGCAAGUUUUGAGAAGGGGAAGACUUAAGAUUAAGUUUAUCAAGCCAGGGGUAGAAAACAAGUUGUGAUUAGCAGGCCAGUGUUUGGGAAAGGGAGAAAAAUGAGGAGGGGCUUCAAGGGCACUGGAGACGGAUGGGAGAGUCAGGGAAUUUAGCAGACUUUGGAGACGGGCAUAGCUCAGUGGCAGAGCAAGGUCCCAGGUUCAGUCCCCAGCAUCUCCAAGUAGGGCUGGGAGAGACGCCUGCCUGAAACCCUGGAGAGCUGCUGCCAGUCAGUGUAGACUGCACUGGGCUAGAUAGACCUAUGGUGUGAUUCAGUAUAAGGGAGCUUCCGAUGUUCCAGAACAUUUUCUAGCCUGGGAUCCUGGAGGCGAGCAUGGAAGACACAGAAGUUGUGUUUUACGUUGAAACAGGACUUCUGUUUGGGGAAGGGGCUCAGAUGGCAACCCCAACCCUUUUCUGGCUCCCCACUACACCUGCAUGAUCGCAGUUUGCUCCCACAAGAGGCAGUGAUGGCCACCAACUUGGACGGCUAUAAAAGAAGAUUAGGCAAAUUCAUGGAGGACGGAGCUAGCAGUGGCGACUAGCCAUGAUGGCUGUGCUCUGACACCAUAGUCAGAUGCAGAAUGCUUCUGAAAAACAGUUGCUGGAAACAGCAAGAGGGGGGAGUGCUCUUGCCCUCAGGUCCUGCUUGUGGGCUUCCCAUGGGCAUCUGGUUGGCCACUGUGAGGACAGGAUGCUGGAUUAGAUGAGCCACUGGCCUGAUCCAGCAGGUUCUUAUGUUCUUAGUGCAUCAGAGUCAACCUGAUGCUCAUCGUAGAUGGCGGACGAGUGCUAGGCUUGGGCCAUCUGCAGUGCCAGACUUGGGACAAGGUGAUUUAUUUUUUUUAUUGCUGCUAGGUUGCAUUUAUUCUCUCCACCUCACUUCCCUCCCUCCUCCCAUCCAACAAACACCCAAUUAGUGAAACUCACAGAAAGAAGUUUGCUCUGCCGUCCCCCUCCCUUGCUCUCUUGGCAAAUGCCACUAUGAUAUAGUCAAGCUUGGAUGAAGCUUUUACCAUAGAGUAGGCAUCUUCUGGAAGUCCCAGACUGGCAAGGUUCUUGGUGCUUUAAAGCGGCAUUUUGCAGAGCUCCCAUGGCCUCUCUUUCUUGCUGAUGACAGGGCUGAGUGUCCCGAGAACCUUCGCUUUCAUUUUUGGAGGGAAAAUAGCAUGCUGAUAGCUAGCCUGGAAGGAUGCCAAGGUACAUGCCAAAGUGUAUUGGCAGAUGGGGGGGCAAGACUUUUAGAGGUCAAGAAAUGGACCUCCAAUUCUAUGCACGGCCCUUUGUCCCUUCCAAGUUCCAGCGCAGCUGAAUAAUUUAUGCAACCCCCACCCACCCAUUCAAAUAUAUGCAAAUAUGUUUGAUUUGCACAAUCCAUACAGGGACCAGGCUUCAUUUUUCUCUUGAUGCAGAAUUUAUAUUUAGCUUGGUGCCACUUAACAAUUUGAUGUUUCUUUUUUUCUUUAAAAAACAAAAUAUGCGCAGCCCUACUGAGCUGCUGUCUAUCUAAUGGUGACGAGCCAGCUUUUACCAUAGAGUGGCAGCUUCAUGGAAGUGCUAGACUGACCAGUUUCUCAGGAUUAUGAAGCGGCUUUAGAGCUUGAUUGAUUAUUUUAUCAUUAAGUAGCAGGGUCACCAAGUCCUAGACUAGUCAGCAGGGGAAGGGAGAGGAGUAAUGUUUUCCUGGUAUAAACAUUGCUAGGGUUGGACUGAUGAGUCAGAGGGAGGGCUCAGGAUACCUUAGCCUCCUAUAUCAGUCAUGAAGGACUUUUGAUGUGUUGGGGCUGAUGCAGCAAAGUCCAAUAACCACAAAUAACUUUACCAGAAAUGUUCUCACAGUACUUGGAUAUCUCUCAUAUACUCCCAAUUUUAUACAAAGAGAGGUUGGGCAAGUAUCGAGGAAUAUUUUAGGGGUUAUUGCUGUGUCUUACAGUUUGUUAAUAGAGAUGAGGUAAGGUUCCAUAUCUGGAAAGGGGACCAAUACCAAGUGAUGUCAUUUCCUUCUGGAGUGUGGCUGCCAACCGACCAAGGGAAAUCAAUGACCAGACACUCUUGACUUCUGGGACAGUUAUCAAGAGGGGAUUUUUUGUGGGUGUAAAAGCCAAACUUUGGGGCUGAGUGUCAGAAUUUUUGGAGUGAAAUGCUAGAACGUUUGGAGUAAAAGCGUUUUCCACUUCAUGCGCAUGCAUGAGCUCAUAGCCCUCACACACAUGCUUAGGAGAUAGAUUGUUAAGCUCAGGCCCUGCACACCAUUUCACACUUGCCUGCGAGAGAGACUGCAAGAUGGGGGUCUGUGGUGGGUACAGGUCUGUGCUUCCUCCAUAGGCACCCCUCCAUAGGUUCUGUUGAGCUGAGGUGGGAGGUGAGCUGACCUGGAUAACCAGCCAGGAUUUGCACUCUGCACUAACUUUGUUCUUCCCUGUCAUAGGUGAGGAAUCUUCACUGUAACAUAACACUGAGUCUUGUAGGCUCUCUGAGCACCUCUGAGGUCCAGUGCCACAUCAGAGACAAGGCCCCGUCCUCUCAUGCUCCAAAUCUGUCUUUGCUUCCUGCUGGUGAGCAUUGCACCUUGGCAGUGGCAGCUUUGGGGAUUACGCUUGCACCUGUUACUCUCUACAGUUCCUUCACUCCUCCCUAGAACUUAAGCACAGGUUUAACCCACCAUGUCACCCAUCGCUAGCCACAGGAGUAAAAAUAAAGGCUGAAUACAUACCAUACAUUUAAAGCACAUGACACCUGCCCCACCUCCAAAGAAGCUGGGAAAUGUUCACACCUCACAGACCAACACCUGGGAAUUACAGCUCUGUGAGGGGUAAACUACACUUCCCAGGCUUCAUUCGAGGAACUCAUGUGCUUUCAAUGUAUGGUGUGUAUGCUACGUAACAAAAUUUCUGCUGUUUGUUCAAAUUGCAAGAGAAAAAUGGGUGGGCUUAAUGAAAUCCACAGGCCCCACAUCCUGACUGCUCCAAUUUUACAUCAAUAAUGUCCCCCUUCUGGUAGCCUUUUAAAAACAGUCACUAAGGGAGUCAUCACAAAAAAGAAGGGGCUGGGUCCACUGUGCCCCCCCUUUAGUUCAAGUAGUGGCUCGGAUCCUACCAAAGGCUGCCAGCCCUUUAACCUUGUCCCGAGUUCCGCCCUGUUUCUCCUUAGGUAACCAGAUUUUUUUUUGUUGGCACCCCAUCUCUAUAGUAACAUAGCUUCCCUUUGGAGGACAUUUCUUCAGCCUUAGCCACCUAGAAGUUGACAGGACCUAGCAAAGUCUCUGCAAUUGUGAAGAGGCUUGUUCCCGCAAAGUCCUAACACCAAAGAACAGAAAAGCAGCAUCAACCAGGACCAUGUUUGGUCAUUAGAGCUGAGGUGGCCCCUGUUCCUCAUCUGUAGCUAGCUAUUUGUCUAGAACAGGCAAGGAAUCGGUGCCCCCCAGGCCAGAUCUGGCUCCCAAAACCUUUCUUAGUAGGAUUUGAACCUUGGGGCUGGCCUGGUUGAACAGUUCCUUUUUUAAAAAGUUGGGUUUUAUUUUCAUUUGUUUGUAUGAAUUAAUUUGGAAGAAAAUUAAACAUUCAAAUUUUUGGUUCUCUCUCUGGUUUUUAGAGCUUUUAUGAUACUCUUCCUAGAGGUGUGCCAUUUAAAAACUCAGCUGUGAGGAUAGAUGAAUAUUUUAUUGGAGGAAUGUCUUAAAGAAAGGAAUGUUGGUCUUGUUAUAACAGUCCUACCUCAUUAGUGGGUGGAGGGUAUUCCUUCGUGAGUUACUCCUUUCACUUGCUCUUGUUAGCAGGAUUCUGCAAAUUAUAUUCCAGCAGUAGCUGAACAAAACCUGGAAACUUGUGAGGCAACAGUCCAUAAAAAUGAAAGAGAAGAAAUAAGAAGGUGGAAAGAUCACCCUCAGGAUUUCUUAUACAAAAAAAAA